AGAAUGCAUGAAUUUUUCUGUAGAGUUUUUGAGUGGUGCUGCGCUUGUACAAUAAAUUUGUUAUUAUGCCAAACAAUACAAAUAAAAUACACACUCACAUUAACACUCUCACUUUGGACAAUUUAUGGAAAAACAAAAAGAAGCAGAGCAGAGGAAAACUAAACUGAACUGAACAGAACAGAAAAAGAGCGAUACGUCCCCGUUAGACAGUUUUAGUAAAGUAGCUGCUGAUUGAGUAAAAAGUUGUUGGGAACCAAAAAGGAAAAACUUAUUUAACGCAUUUUACUUUUUUUAAUUUAAGACCCACAUAAUAAUAAAAAAAAAACAAUUUUAAAAGAAAAAUAUUUAAAAAGAAAGUUAUUAAAACAUUGUUCAAUAAAGUUACGGAAAAAAUUAAACAAAUAUUCUAAAAAACAAAUAUAUAAUUGUAGCAAAUAAAAUUAUAUUUUUUUAAACAACAAAUUACAAAAGGUAGAUAGAUACAUUCCUUUGUGCGCUGAAUAUUGAUUUUACAAACGCCUUGAAUGUUCGAUAUAUUUGCUAAUAAUUAAAAAUAAUUUAAAGAAAAUAUAUAUUAAUUAAUUAAUUAAAUAAAUACUAAUAAUAAUAUAAAAAAUACAUAUAUACAUAACCUCACACAAACACACAUACACAUGUGUAAAUAUUGUUGCAUGUGUAUGUGUUGGCUUUUAUAAUGCAACAAUAUCAAGUGCAACAAGAGCAAAAUCUUAAACUGCUGCCACAACAAGAACAACAAUGGCUUUAUUAAUCAGCUAAUAGUAUGUGUGUGUGAAAGUGUGUUUGUCUGUCCAUCAAUCAAUCGAUCAAUCAACCAGAACAACUACUAGCAACAACGAUACAACAACAUAUUUAGUGCUAUACAAAUUCUAUUAACUGUUGCUGCAAUUCAGCUUUCCAAAUGUAUCAAUAAUAAUAAUGCUUAGUAGUCUAUAACUAACCAAUACAUCGGCAAUAUUUUUAUAUAUAAAAAGCAUACUUACUUUUAAUAUUUAAUAUAAUUAUUAAUAACAACAACCAUUAUUUAAUCCUUGAGAUAAACAGCAACAACAACUGCAAAAAAAAUCAAGAAAAAUCAUCACAUCAUAGCAAAUCAUCAUACGCUCUACGCUGUUGUCUUUCGUAAUAAGCACUCAAAAAGGACUCAAAGAGAAAAUCAUUUAAUUAAUUUUAUUAAAAUAUUAAUUAAAAAAGCAAAUACGCCAUUAUAACAUACUCUUGCUUACAUAUAUAGCAAAAAAAAAAAAAGAAAGAUAAAAACAUACACACACUUAAACGUAAGCUAUGAAUUUAAUAAAUAUGGAUUCAGAAAAUCGGGUUGUUUUAAAUGUUGGCGGCAUUAGACAUGAGACAUAUAAGGCAACAUUAAAGAAAAUCCCUGCCACUAGACUGUCAAAAUUAACGGAAGCGUUGGCCAACUAUGAUCCACUACUAAAUGAAUAUUUUUUUGAUCGACAUCCGGGAGUUUUUGCCCAGGUGUUAAAUUAUUAUAGAACUGGUAAGCUUCAUUAUCCUACGGAUGUAUGUGGACCACUAUUUGAAGAAGAAUUGGAAUUUUGGGGUUUAGAUUCAAAUCAAGUUGAACCCUGUUGUUGGAUGACUUACACACAGCAUCGUGACACUCAAGAAACUCUUGCCGUACUAGAUCGUUUAGAUUUAGAUACAGAAAAACCGUCCGAAGAGGAAUUAGCUCGAAAAUUUGGUUUCGAAGAAGACUAUUAUAAGGGAACAUUAUCAUGGUGGCAGGAAAUAAAACCACGAAUAUGGUCACUAUUCGAUGAGCCAUAUAGUUCAAAUGCCGCAAAAAUAAUUGGUGUUGUAUCGGUGUUCUUUAUAUGCAUUUCAAUAUUAUCGUUCUGUUUGAAAACCCACCCGGAUAUGAGAGUACCGUAUAUUGUGAAUAAAACGGUAGUCACAUCAAAUGGCAGUUCCUCCUGGUAUUUGGAUAAGCCUCAGACAAAUGCCCACAUAGCUUUUUUCUAUAUUGAAUGUGUAUGUAAUGCCUGGUUUACAUUUGAAAUACUAGUCCGUUUUAUAUCAUCACCGAAUAAGUGUGACUUUAUUAAAUCUUCAGUGAAUAUCAUUGAUUACAUUGCCACUCUCAGUUUUUACAUUGAUUUGGUAUUACAACGUUUCGCUUCACAUUUAGAGAAUGCCGAUAUAUUGGAAUUCUUCUCAAUCAUACGUAUUAUGCGUUUAUUUAAACUGACGCGACAUUCGUCGGGUCUGAAAAUUCUCAUACAAACAUUUAGAGCCUCUGCCAAGGAGUUGACAUUAUUGGUAUUUUUCCUUGUACUGGGUAUUGUAAUUUUCGCAAGUCUUGUCUACUAUGCGGAACGAAUACAAACGAAUCCCCACAAUGAUUUCAAUAGCAUACCGUUGGGUUUAUGGUGGGCCCUAGUAACGAUGACCACAGUGGGUUAUGGCGAUAUGGUGCCAAAAACCUAUAUUGGCAUGUUUGUGGGUGCAUUAUGUGCUCUAGCCGGUGUACUAACCAUUGCACUGCCAGUGCCCGUUAUUGUUAGCAACUUUGCCAUGUACUAUUCGCAUACACAGGCACGAGCAAAACUGCCAAAGAAACGUAGACGUGUGCUUCCGGUCGAACAGCCCCGUCCACCCAGGCUGCCAGGUCAAGCAGGAGGUGUAAGCGGUUGUGGUACACCCGGUUCUGGACCUAACUCCGGCCCCAUGGGAUCUGGUACCGGUCCUAGACGUAUGAAUAAUAAAACCAAAGACUUAGUUAGUCCAAAAUCGGGUCCAAUUGGUGCCAGUAUUGUUGCCAUGAGUCCACGUACUAUGCUCGAUUUAAAUCCCGCCUUGGCCAUGGGCAAACCAACAUUUGAAUCUCGAGGACCACCCAUAACAUCGAAAGACUUUAAAGAUACCGAUAAACAUACAACAGAUGCAGCAAAGAAAAACUUUUUAUAGAGUCAUUGAAAAAAUAAUUAACAGAUUUAUUACGAAAAAAACUAUAUUUUCACAACAAUAAACAACAACAUCAUAAUGUUAAAUAUUCAAAUUAUAACCCAAUUUUCUUCGUCUUCAACACACUGUAACUAUCUAUAAACAUAUACAUAUGUAACUCUUUGUCUCUCUAUUUCAAUAACUCUCUUUUAAACUAUAAUUAGCAAAAGAAAAACCAAAAA